GUCGUCCUCCGGCUGGAGAAAUAGAGUUUCCGGCGCAUCUUGCUGGCACUUGACUCUAUGCAAGCAACCACCAUCCUCCCACCGAGAAAAGAGAAAACUGGUAAGACUCAAACGCAACGCUCCCACGACGCCCUUCUUCUGCGCUCAACUAGCGACCUUGGCUAAUACCAUGCAAGUGCUUGCCUUGUGGUGAAUUGUGGGAUUUCGCUUCGCGGCGCAGCUUCUGGAACUUUGAAAGCAUUCGGCUCUGUUGCUCACCAUGAAUCCCUCUAUUCCACCUUCGGCCGCCGAGUAUGGCGGGGAUGAGGUGUCUGCCAUCGUCCUAGACCCUGGUUACUCGACUACACGCGCUGGUUUCGCCGGUGAAGACACGCCAAAAUCGCUCGUUCCAAGCUACUACGGAAAGUAUAUCGCAGACUCGGAGAAGUUUCUCUUCGGCGAUGAUAUAUUUGUGACCCCUCGCCCUGGUAUUUCAGUUCAUAACCCGGUUGGCCGAGACGGGAUUGUGGAGGAUUGGGAUGCGGCCCAGAGACUAUGGGAGUACUCUUUUAAAUCCAGGUUGACAGGGACAAAGCCCGGAAACCCAAUGCUCAAUGGUCUUAAUGACGUACCCGAGGGCGAAUUGCCGGCCGACAUGGAAGGUGUCGAGGUAGAGGAGAAGCCUCUGGCAGACAGCCCUCUUUUGAUGACGGAGUGCGGUUGGAACCCCACAAAGGCGCGCGAGAAAACCAUUGAGAUUGCGAUGGAAAAUUGGGGAACACCCGCGUUUUAUCUCGCAAAGAAUGGUGUCCUGGCAGCGUUUGCCUCCGGGAAAGCUUCAGCGCUAGUUGUCGACAUUGGAGCGUCUAACAUCUCAGUAACGCCCGUCCAUGAUGGAAUGGUGCUGAAGCGUGGUGUUCAGCAUUCGCCUCUAGGGGGUGAUUAUAUCUCAUCGCAGAUCCGCGCCUUCUUCAAAUCCAAUUCCCCUCAACCAAUCACCAUCACUCCACACUACUUGGUUUCGUCGAAAACCGCCGUUGAAGCAGGUCAACGCCCUCAAGCGACGUACAAGACGUUCCCCCCUGACAAGGCUCCCGACGCAUCAUAUAGGAAGCUGCUGGAGGAGCGCACUCUGACCGAGUUUAAGGAAUCUGUAGUGCAAGUUUGGCCUGGGCCGGGCAGACUUGCUGCUGUCGGCCCGAACGGUCUUCCUAAUGAAGAGAUGGCCAAGAACAGCCCUGGGCGACCAUUCGAAUUCCCUGAUGGCUACAACCAGGUGUUUGGAGUCGACCGUUACCGUGUCGCCGAGUCAUUGUUCGACAUCAAAGCCCACAUCGCGGAUUCAGAAUCCGAAUUUGCAGCACCUACUCUAAACCAGACCAUCCCCGAACUUAUAAAAGCCGCUCUUCAUGCUGUUGAUGUUGACAUUCGACCCCAUUUGUUGCAGAAUGUGGUAGUUACCGGUGCAUCUAGCUUGCUUUAUGGCUUCACCGACCGACUGAAUCAAGAAUUGAUGCAGAUGUUCCCCGGUCCACGGGUGCGACUAUCAGCGCCAGGAAACACGGCUGAACGGCGAUUUGGUUCUUGGAUCGGAGGAAGCAUUCUAGCUAGCUUGGGAACUUUCCAUCAAAUGUGGAUCUCAAAGAAGGAAUAUGACGAGCAUGGUCCUAACAUUGUUGAAAAGCGGUGCAAAUAAAAAUGUUACGCUUCGCUUUUAUGGGGAUGUUCUAAAAAAAAAGCAAAACAAGACGGAGUUGCCUUUUUUUUUUUUUUUUUUAAUAUUUUCUUU